AUGGAGCAAUCCGCAUCAGCUGGUCCCGUACAAAUAGUUAGUAUAACAGAAGAUCAUAAAUUUGAACUUGAUGAAAAGAAAUUAAAACAAAUAUUAUAUCAUAGACGUGCAAUUGGAAAAAAAAUCUCACUUGUCUCAAUUGCAGGAGAUUUUCGUAAAGGAAAAUCGUUUCUACUUGAUUUUUUUCUUCGUUAUUUACGAGCACAGCACAAUACAGAGUGGAUUGGAAGAGAAAAUGAACCUUUAAAAGGUUUUGAUUGGCGUGGUGGUGCCACUCGACAUACAACAGGAAUGAUUAUGUGGAGUGAACCAUUUCUUUUAUCAUUACCAGAUGGAGAAGAAAUUGCUGUCUUUCUUAUGGAUACUCAAGGAACAUUUGAUUCAAAUUCAACUGUAUUUGAAAAUGCAUUUAUAUUUGCUUUAACAUUACUUGUUAGUAGUGUAACUGUUUAUAAUAUUAUGCAUAAUUUACAAGAAGAUAAUUUACAACAUUUAUCAUUUUUUGCUGAAUAUGGUGUUUUAGCAAUUGAUGCUUAUCAUACAUCACCUUUUCAACAAUUAACAUUUCUUGUACGUGAUUGGCAAUUUGAAUAUGAAACAGCAUAUGGUUUCGAUGGUGGAGAAGAUAUUUUAUCAGACCGUUUAAGAAUACGGGAAAAUCAACAUCGUGAUCUUGAAUUAGUUCGUUCACGACUACGUCAAUGUUUUCGUAAAGUUAAUUGUUUUCUUAUGCCACAUCCUGGUCUUAAAGUAACAAAUCGAAAAGAUUUUGAUGGACGAUUAGUAGAUAUUGAAGAAGAUUUUAAAAAACAAUUAUUAACACUUGUACCAGAAGUUUUUCGUUUGGAUAAUCCAAAUUUUAUUAAAGAAAUUAAUGGAGAACAAAUUACAUCAACAGAUUUAUUUGAAUAUUUUCGAGUAGGUAAAAUAUAUUAUUUGAUAAAUAAAAGAUAUAAACAUUGUAAAUGCUCAGAACAAUGA